AUGGCGGGCAGUACAGGCAAUACAACACGAGCAAGCAAGGCCAAGGUUCGGACUGGAUGCAUUACGUGCAACUGCAUAAGCACUGGGAGGGUAUGUGAUGGAUACACAUCCGCGCCAAAGCCUGCCGCAAGCCUCAGUGAGACUAGACGACUGGCCGCCGGAGAGGCCAGAGCGCAGGAGUUCUUUAAUAUCAAAAGUGUCCCAGAAAUGUUAGGUUUCUUUGUUCGGCCAUUUUGGGAUGCAGUUCUCCAGUUCGGCCUGACUGAACCCUUAAUUAAACACGCCAUUACCGCCUUGGCUACAGCCCACGAGGUUUAUAGCACGCCUUUACUGCUGGCUACGCACCGAUCUGACGGCAUGAAAUUUGCCAUUCAGUCCUAUAACCGAGCCAUUGCCGCUCGACGGAAGCGAGCGUCUGAUGCCGAUUCGAUGCCCCUGAUGGCCCUCGCUAGUAUCAUAUUCGUCUACUCAACCAAGCGCCAACCGUUCAACUUAAAAGGAUGGAAUUCCUUCCCGGAAGCAGCUUACUCGAGCAACUUAUUCGAAACGUAG